AUGUCUACCGCCGCUCGCCGCCGUCUCAUGCGAGACUUCAAGCGCAUGCAAACUGACCCCCCGGCUGGUGUUUCUGCUUCGCCUGUACCAGACAAUGUUAUGACCUGGAACGCAGUGAUUAUCGGCCCCGCGGAUACCCCAUUCGAGGACGGCACCUUUCGACUGGUGAUGCAGUUUGAGGAACAAUACCCUAAUAAGCCUCCUCAAGUUAAGUUCAUCAGCGAAAUGUUCCACCCCAACGUUUACGCUACUGGCGAGCUUUGCCUGGACAUUCUUCAGAACCGAUGGAGCCCUACUUAUGAUGUCGCUGCAGUCUUGACCAGCAUCCAAAGUUUACUCAACGACCCCAAUACCGGCUCACCCGCGAAUGUCGAAGCCUCCAACUUGUACAAAGACAACAGGAAGGAAUACACUAAGCGCGUUAGGGAGACAGUGGAGAAGAGCUGGGAGGACUGA